AUGAACCAGGACGACUUCCGGCAGAUGCUGGCGAGCCGCACGCCACCUCGCAGCAGACAGGGCAAUGGAGCGAAGCGCAACUUUACAGAGACGGAACUGCAGGACGUGAAGAAGCUGAUGGCGAAGAAAGGCAAGAAAAAGAGUAAGAAGUCGACGACUGCUGCGCUGCCAAGUGGAGUCGAGGGCAAGUCGACAGGGCGAUCGACAUUGUAUCGAGAUCGAGCGGCCGAGCGACGUACAGGCAGCGCGGGAGACAUGAUCGACGCCGAAGCGUAUAAGCAUGUUGACGUUGACGAGAGCAAGUUCUUGGGUGGAGAUAUGGAGCACACACACUUGGUGAAAGGCUUGGACUAUGCCCUCUUGGCUCAAUUAAGGCGGGAGAAGCAGAAGCUACAGGCUGAAAAGAUACAGCAGGUACAGAGUAGGGGGUCUGUUGUUGCUAAAGAGGGCGCGGCACCAAAAUCUCGUGAUGGCACACCCACGUUCAAGACACGGAUGGGGAGAAUGGUGUACUUUUAUGCAUGUCAGAGCACACCAGCGACCGGUGCACCCGUAAAUUCAGACUUGUUUUUACCGGGAAGAAUGUACUACACGUUUCCUCUGUCAUCGGCGGCGGAUAGUGCGAGUGUUCCGGUGAGUGUGCAGAGAAGCAAAGAAGACUGCCCGGAGCCAGAUGACAUGGUGAGCGAUUUCGUUGACGAGUUGCUGAUUGAACGAGUGAAGCAAGUGAUGACCAAUCGGAAGCAAGGCAACAAGAUGCGAAAGAAAAAGAGAAAUGCGGACGGAACUGGCGAUUGCGAAGAAGAGGUGACUGGUGGUGCAUGUGCUGGUAAUAAAGAGGGUGUUGUGGAGGAUGCAAUUGCGGAAAAUGGAGCUGCAACUACCGUCGACGAUGACGAAGAUAUCUUUCCCGAUGUGGGCGAGCAUGUUCCGAUCGACCAGCGGAUUGACAAUCAAUCGGCUGCAUUAUCCAACAAAGAGGCGACAGGGACAGUAGGAUACUUUGAGAACCUGAGUGCGUCUAUCACUGAAAAGGAGCGAGUAGCUCGAAAGAAAGAGGAGGACGCAGAGCGGUUGUGGAAGGAGACGUUGCAGAAAGCGGUGGAAGCCCAAAAGAAGGUCGAGCAAGAGCGGGCGAAGAGACAGAAGGAGGCCAAGAUGACUGGCGGAGCGAACGACUACGCAGAGUAUCAGGAUGUUGGUGUGCUGGAAGACAGCGACGAAGAGGAUGACGAAGAGACUUCCAGACGUCGUAAGGCAGCAGGGCUAAGUGGCAAUACCGUUGACGCUGAUAGGAAGAAGAACGCUCACCGGAAGCAACAGAAGCAGAGCAGCAAGCUUGCAAACGAUCUCGAGAAGAUUAACGAGAUAAUGAAGGAAAAAUCGCAGGCGUGA